AUGCAAGACUGGAAGGGCUCACAAUAGAUUUGUCCAGAAUUCAGGAGUUUUUGGGAGGCGUGGAAGGUUUGGCCCAUCUUCGCCCACGAAAUGCGCGUGAAGCUGCUUUGGCGGAGGCGUCCAGGUGUGCGCGAGCACUCAGGGUGCGUGGAGAUUCUCUUUUAUUCCGACGAGGAGAUCCUGCCUCUGCGUGGUUCAUCCUUCUCUCAGGAUGCGUUCUGGUCGACCACUCUCUAUUUCUUCCCCGAAAUUGCACAAUCACUUCUGAAAGAAAUUAAUUAUCUUAACGCCUCUCGGCAUGUAUGCAUUUGUGGCAAAUGGAAUAUUUUCAGUUGGAUCUCACAAUACCAAAAGAAUGGUGAUCUGGCGACAUUGUUCCACUAUUAA